AUUAAUGGAAUAUAUACAUGGUCGUUCAUUUUGUUUAUUUUUACUUUUAUUUCUUUCUUUGUCAGUCAUACGCGCACACGCUCACUACUACCAGCAGUAUCGGCGAAUGAAUGAGAUAAGCUACUAAAAACAGCCGCUCACUUCCUAUUAUCUUCCUCCUCCUCCUGCUGCUCUUCAUCAUCACCUGAAGAUAACUUGUGCAGUGUGGCGGCAGCGGCUCUCUUUCUUGCUCUCACUAAGCCACAGGUAUAUACAUGUAAUAUCUUCAACUCGAGUUCUACUGCUACUUACUUUUAAAGUAAAUGACAAUUGGAAGAAAUAUAUUAAAACGAAAAUAAGACCCGAAAUGUCACCUUUUUAAGGCUGUGGGCAAGAUGAAUAAUAGAUCGACCAAAAUAAUUUCAGGCUGCUGUCAUUAAAAAUAGCUAACUUCAAACGGUGGCUGAGCUGAUUCUAGGUGCAUUGAAAUAUGGUUUUAGGUGAAAAACACAACGGUAGAACAAAACAAAGCUAGAAAAGAAAACUUUGAUUUUUUUUUUAGCAUUUUAAUACAAUAUACAUAGACACACAUUCGCACACAUAAUAUAUGUGUGAGGUGUGAGUGAAUAUAUAUAUAUAUAUAUAUAUAUAUAUAUGUAUGUAUAUAUAUAUAUAUGUAUAUAUCUGUGUGCGAAUGGUAUGUUUAAAAGAACUUGUCUAUGUCGGUCGGCUCUUGACAGGCUGAUCUCGUUAGUUUGUGGAAGUCUUUACUUGUUGGUGCAAGUCUUCGUUGAUUCACAUACACAUACAUGCACACACAUACACCUCAACCACUAAAUACGUGUUACCUAUGUUCACCAACGUAAUAACAGGCGAGCAGCACCACUAACAGUAACUGUCAACGCUUGUUUACUCCCUGUUAUUGCUUCGAUUAUUUAUUGCCGUUUAUUUCACUUUCUGUGUCGUCUAAAAUCGUGUUUAUUCCUCGUCUUUGUGGCGUGACUUUAGCUCGGGCAUCUUGUUAUGCCUCUCGGACUAGCUCAACAGACUAUGGCAGAUGGAUACGAUAUGAUAGGAGGUGCAGCCGAGUACAUUCCGGAUCGGCUGUACUUUGCUACACUCCGAGGCAGACCACGAUCAAAGCCUAAUGUUCACUAUUUUUCUAUUGAUGAUGAACUCGUUUAUGAAAAUUUUUAUAUGGAUUUUGGUCCUUUAAACCUUGGAAUGCUCUACCGGUACUGCUGUAAACUAAACAAAAAGCUCAAGUCUACCAACCUUAGCAGAAAGAAGAUAAUCCACUACACCAGUUUAGAUGGUCGCAAGAGAGUGAACGCUGCUUUUCUUAUAGGUUCUUAUGCGAUUAUAUAUCUGAAGAUGACACCAGAAGAAGCAUAUAAACCUUUAGUUAGCAACAGUUCGAAUCCUGCAUUUAUUCCAUUCAGAGAUGCUUCCUUUGGAUCAAACAGUUUUGAUCUCCAUUUACUUGACUGUCUUCAGGCUGUUAGUAAGGCUCUUAUGAAUGGUUUCUUUAAUUUUGAAACAUUUGAUGUGGAUGAAUAUGAAUAUUAUGAGAAAGUGGAAAAUGGUGAUUUAAACUGGAUAAUUCCAAAUAAAUACUUAGCUUUCUGUGGACCUCAUUCAAAGCAAGCUCGAGAAGAUGUUUUCAAGUUCAUCCCUAACUUUCAGUUGCCAUUGGCUCCAAUCUUGAGACCUUUGGGGUUAGGCUUCAUUUCGAAAAUUCCUUGUGUUCGGCACAUUAUGAUAAAGGUUCAGACUCUGGGAAGUCCUGAAGGUUACCCUGUUCAUUCUCCUGAAGCCUAUCUACCAUACUUUAGAGAACAUAAUAUUACUGCUGUUGUCCGCCUGAACAAGAAAAUUUAUGAUGCCAAACGUUUUACUGAUGCUGGUUUAGAUCAUUAUGAUCUUUUCUUCGUUGAUGGAAGUGUUCCAACUGAUAAUAUUGUGAGGAAAUUCUUGGAAAUUAGUGAAAAAUGUGAUGGUGGCCUUGCUGUACACUGUAAAGCUGGUUUGGGUCGGACAGGAACCUUAAUAGCUUGUUACAUUAUGAAGCAUUAUAGAUUCUCUGCAGCAGAAUCUAUAGCAUGGUUACGGAUCUGCAGGCCUGGCUCUGUAAUAGGACCACAGCAGAAUUUCCUAAUUGAAAAACAAGAUUGGUUGUGGCUGCAAGGAGAUCUUUAUCGUAGUAAAGUGAAAGACUAUGACAAACUUUAUGAAAAUAACUGUGUCUCCAAGAUUAUGUCUGCUGUUGAUGGUAUGAAGCUACAUGAUGUUGGUAUACCUGGUUUUGAAAACGACAGCAAAUCACUUGAUGUUUAUGAAGAUGAUGAAAAUGGAAAUCAGAAAUAUUCUUCAAAAAGUAGAAGUAAGCUUAGUACCCAAGGAGAUAAACUGAACCAAAUAAAGGCUCAACGCAAACACACUCGGUCAACUACAACUGGAACUAUUUCUUCCAGUGAAACGAAAGUACAUAAGCGGCCAUCAAGCCAGUCAUUCAAAGCAUUUGGUCUGAAGAAUUCACAAGGCUUUGUAUCUCCAUUAAAAACCUCAAGAGUUGCUGCUGUCAAUGCCAAUAAUUUGGUUAAUUCAGCAGUUGUGUCCUCAUGCAGUACCACGAAUAAACGACUGACCCGUUUAUCAACACCAACAUCUCAGAAUCACAGUGCCAAAAGAAGAAUACGUUUACUUGUUUGCUCUGGCAAUGUAAGACAUAAUUUUGAAUUCCUUGAUAGUAAAUGGCGCAACAAAACAGGGAUGCUGACUCGAAGUGCUGCGAGAGACAUUUAUAAGACAGCUGACAAAGUUGGUGAUCUUAAAUGGCCAUGCAAAAAUAUGUACCAAACUUCUAGGGAUAUAGAGCCAAUCUUCACCAAGCCUUCGUACUUCCGUUAAAAAUCUGUUGGUGCCACCACAUCGAGAAUGUCAGGCUGUUAUCAACUAGUCCAACGUUUUAUAUAUAUAUAUAUAUAUAUAUAUAUAUAUAUGGAAAAUAUUAUAUAAAUAUUUUCAGUGCCUUGUGGAAAUCAGUAUUGUACACUGAAACUUCCUUUUAAGUAUUUCGAAGCUGUUUGCUCAACAUCAUUUCCAGCUAUUUUUUCUGAUUCUCUUUUUCAUUUCAUUUCAUUUUUUUUUUAUGUCAAAUAAAGAAGAGAAGCUAAUUUUUAGAAGUAAUACUGUAUAUUUUUAAAAUUUCCAAAUUAAAACUGAAUUUAAAACAAACAAAAUUAAAUUAUUGAAUAUUGAUAAAGUCUUAUUUUAUUGCCACAAAAAUUUAGUUGAAGACGUCAUAAUAUUCAAAACUUCAUUAUCAAAAUAUAGAAUAUUUAUUGCAAUAAGUAUGUUUUUAUUUAUCUGUAAAAAUGAAAACACAAAACAAAAUCUUGGUUUAAAUUUCUGCAUUACAGAGCCAAUUAUCCAUAGCAUCUGUUUUGCUAAAAUAUUUAGCCUAUUGGUCUUUGUUAAAUUUAUAAGCUAUAGACAGUGAUAUGGCCAUCUUAUUGCUAUAAAAUGAAGAACUUAUGUAUUUAGAGAUUUGUUCAUAUUUUUGAUAAUAAAUAUUUUUUCAUGUGUCAUUUCU